AUGCGUUCUACCUCUGGUCUUCCAGCCAUUGUCUUGUUUACUGCUGCCUCCAGAACUUCGGGAUCCUUAUUCCUUGCCGCACGACCCAUGGACAUAUCUAACAUUGCACUGGUCAUGAAUCUUGGCAGCCAAGCCCCAGCUGCUACAAGCAUUUUCAGUUCGGGAAGCAUCCCCUCCAUUCUGAAUGUCGUCGGAUACAUCCCACUAACCACUGCCACGCCUUCAAGACGAUCCCGGGAUAUGGAAUGGGCGCAGGCUAGGGCGUAA